CAUCAUCGUCUACCAUAUUUUUAAGCUGGACAUUGUGCUGUGCUUCAGGACAACAUUUUCAGUUUUCUAUCCAAACAAAGAUGGAAAGCUGUAUGAUGCGUAUGUGACGUACCCUCAGCCUGAUGCUGUUGGAUUCAGUGAGGAGGUGGACAGGUUUGCCCUGCAGACACUGCCUGAGGUGCUGGAAAAGGCUUAUGGCUACAAACUCUUCAUAACAGGCCGUGACUGUCUGCCUGGGCAAGCCAUGGUGGAUUCAGUGGAUGAGAACAUUAAAUCCAGUCGCCGUGUCCUUCUGCUCUACACCGCCUCUACUUUUAUCAGCCACAGACACACAAGCAGCAGCAGCAGUAACAACAACAACGUUUCAAAGAACAAUGAGGAGRAAACAGAGAGCAGGAGCAGCGACAGCAGCCUGGCUUUGGAUGGAGGUGAUGAAGUCUUGUCAGACACCAGGCAGCAGCUGGAAUGUGUGACAGCGAUGCACAGAGCGCUGCUGGAGGGCUCCCUCAAGGUGGUUCUGGUUGAGCUGGAGCAGAUCACUGCAGAACAACUGGCUCUGUUCCCAGAGUCGGUGCGCCACCUGAGGAAGAAGCAGGGYGCUGUAUGUUGGUGGAAAAACCUCCAGAAGAUCCAAAGAAGGAGGACAUGUGUGAGGUGGAGACGGGACGAGGACAAAGAUGGGAAGGACUCACAGCUGUCACCGUCUCUCUGUCCUUCCUCCAGGUUUUGGAAGGAAAUGAGGUAUCACAUGCCUGUCAGGGGCAAGAGGGCCGUGUCUGCAGAGAGAACUGCCUUGUUGAACCUCUGAUGGAGUUCUGGGUGACGACAACAGUUCAACAACAGCAACAACUUCAUGUUCACAUCAGACACCACAAAGACUUUUACUGCUAUAAGAUCUGUCAGGAAA